AUGGAUCCUAACCAAUUUGGUAUUGAGAUAGCCAAGAAAUUCCAACAAUUCUUUGCUCAUAUGAACAAGUUUUGUUAACAAUUUUUGAAAGACUAGAAUGUGACAGAGAUUCAAGUUCCUGAGAAGAAGAAGGAACGAGAUCCAAAUGCACCCAAGAAGCCUUUGACACCGUUCUUUUUAUUUAAUUAGAAGUACAGAGAGAAAGUGGUUGACAGAAAUCCAGAGAUUAAGCUUACUCAAAUAUCAUAAAUGGCGGGAAAUAAAUGGUCAUCUAUGUCCGAAUAAGAGAAGAAGCCUUACGUCGACCAAUACAAUGCAGCCAAGGAAAAGUAUGAGUAAGAGUUGAAAGAUUACAAUGAGAAAAAUGGAAUCGAAACAAAUGAUAAGAAGCGCAAGAAGUCAGAGAAAGUUGAUGAUAAAUCAAUGAAAUCAGCUUUGGAUCAUAAUAUCGAUGAUUUCGAGUCUGAAUCUGUUCAACCAGCAGCUAAACAUCAAUAAUAAAUUAAACAAUAAUAGCAAAAACAAAGCAAUAAUGAUGAGUAGGUCAAAUAGCAACCAGCAAAAUAGAGCAAGCAAUAAACAUAACAAAAAUAAAUACCAGUUUAAACUAAGAAGGCUAAACAUGUAGAGAUAGAUGAUGAUAUCUAAAAAGAUAUUGAUUAAGCAAUGAGCAAUCCAAAAUAAACAUAAAAAAAAUCCAAGAAAUGA